CAUUGGAUCACGUUUCAUUGAAGCUACACAUUGGAUCUGCUUCAAAUGUGGUCUCGGGAAAAGCUUUUCAUGAUAUUGAAAGCAGCUCUGAGGAUGACUCUGGGCCAGACCCACGGCCAGAGGCACCAGCCCUACCGGACACUCCACGGUACCUUCCAACAAGAAGAGCAGGUUAUGUCCCCAAAAUCUAUGAGAUUAACCUAGCACUCAGGCUAUUAAAAUCCAAGUACCCCAAUGAUGACCUUGAGCCGUAUACGAAGACAAUGAGCCGCGUUUCAAAUGCCAUGACUGUAUCGGGCGGCUCUUCACACUUUCACCGCAUCAAAACUGCACUCAGGACUUACAAAAACACGUUGAAAGCGCUAUUCAUGCUGACAAAGUUGAAAGCAGAAUGGCGCGAACUGGCGAGAAACCAGUAGGAACCACAUAUGUUAAGGAAAGAAAGAAAAGGCUUCAUCUUAUCAGGGGAAAAGAUCCUCAAAAUUCUACAUGGACCCAUAGGCUCAAAAUAAAUCAAGCGCGAGUGCCUCAGAAUAUAUCCACUGCGCGUGUCCAGACUACGAAAGGUGUCGUUUCUGUCGUUUCUAAGGAAAAUUCAGUUAUAACGCCUGCUACAACUGCUAGCCAUUCCUUAAACGCUUCUAGUAGCUCUCAAUUGAAACAAGCUGUGGUCGGUACUUCAGAUAAGCGUUCGUAUAUGGGAGCUGAUCCCCUGAUUCUAGAGGCAAACGCGCCCGCCUGGUAAAUAUAUGUUCAUCACAACCAUCUUAUUUUAUCGCUGCUAGAUUUACGAACUGAAGCUAAUUAAAAUUUCUUCAGACACAUGCCCAAAGCAGCACUUUUCAUCCGCCCUUGGCAUUCAACAGUGGAGAUAUUUCGGGCGACAAAGUACUGCUGAAUGGGGGAAUACUUGGAAAAGAACCACAGCCCCGACCCGGGCAAUAUCGGCAGCUAUAUAAUCAGGAUGCAGUAGCGACACGCCAGAGAAAAGUAUCAAAGGACACAGCAAGGUACGCCACGGAAGCACAAUUCAAGGAAUAGAAACAGAACGGAAUGUCCAACAGGAAACCAUAGACAAACUGUUCAGAAAACUCCACAAGCAACGAAAGAUUGCUGCGACUCAGCAGGAAAUACUUGAGCAUUUGGUAAAGGAAAACAAGCGACACUUUGAGCUGAUGGAAUCUAGCCGUGAGUCUUUGAAUUCCACAAAUCAAACAUUGUCAACUGCACAGGAUGACCACGAGAAUGAGGUUUUACGCCUUCAGGCGAGCAUCAAACGUCUUAAGGAUAGUAGGGAUGCUGCUAAAGCUGUGGCUGACCAGCAGGCUAUUGACCUUGAGGCUAUUAGACAACGUCUUCAUGUCUUAGAAGAUCGUGAUUUGGGGACGGAGGAUGAUGUACAAAGACGAGCUUCUCGGCUCAGGAACCAGAACAGUGGUGGAGAAUAG